AAAUUUUUUAACAUUUUUUCCAUGUUCCUGGUAUCUUACCUUAUAUGGCAUUUUUCCCUGGGGUGCGAGUUCUGGCGCAUGUAGCAAUAUGUAGCAAUUUUUCCAGGAAUUUUAGAAAAAAAAUUACCACAUGGUUGAAUAGUACACUUUCCAUUUCUGUUUCUCCAGCACCUCCAACCUGUUCCUUGUCUCGCCACUCACAAAAAACACGAUAUUCUUUUUCGUAUUGAAUUUUUGACUUGUCUGGCAACAAAUUCAUUUUCACACUUUCUGCUGACUUCAAAAUAUGUGCGGGAAUACCAAAAUCUUCUAUUACUUUUAAAUCAGUGUUUUGUUUAAAAAUUGAUACGAUAAAGCUUUGAAUAUAACUCGAAUAUUUGCGGUUUAAACCAUCUCGGACAUUCCUAAGAUGACUCGCCUGUCGCAACGUCCUCGAUUAUUAUAAAUCGCAUAAUAUUCUCGUUAUAUUAAUAGCUAUAAUAUGACAAGUGAAAUUUUUUCAACCUUAAUAAUGUAAAUUAUUCCAGACCAAGGCAAGAGUGCAGUAGGUUAAUUAACUAUUAAAUAGCUCGUUUAGCUCGUGCUACGAGUAGUUGAUUAUCAACUUUUUUAUUUUUAUAGUGUUGUUGUAUAAAUUUUUAUUUCUUUAAUUAAACUAAUUGCUGUCUUUACUUUUCUCAAUAUUGCCAACUUAAUUUUAAACUCAUAGGCUACUCUUCAAAUCUCUUCAAAAUUUAAUAUUGAAGCAUUUAUAACAAAGUUAAUUUUAGAAUUUCGUUUAUUUUUAUAAGCUUUUAUUUAACUUGCUUUGUUGUCUGUCUGUCUGCACAAAAUUUUGCGAGUUAAAUUUCCGUAAUAAAAUAAAUAAAUACACGACGCUUAUUUAAAAAUAUAUAUAUUUAAACUACAAAUGUAGGUACAUUUAAAUUGCAUGAAAAAUCAGGCAUUUAAAAAGCAAUAAGUGUCGUGGGUGGUUACAAACCUUAAAAAACUUAAAGGUGAUUUUACACUUGACCUUGACUUCAAGUGUGUCUUCAAGUUCCAGUGAUAACAAUCUAAUCUGUCACUUUUUUCAUCUAUAAGUUGCAAAAAUGUUCACUUUCUCUCUGUGUUUGUCAGAAUGGACGUGCAAAAAAUUGAUUGUCUUGAAGAAGUGGUCUCUUUAGAUCCUCAGUGUACCAUUCUAGGACAUAAAGUGCGUCGUUUGACCGCCCCUGGUGAAAAUUAUGGUAGUCUUAUGCUCAGUGUGGAUAUCACAGUUAAAACUCUCGAGGGAACGAGUGAAAUAAAUGCGGUUGCAAAAAUGGUACCACCCAACGAAUUCAUCCAGAAGAUAUUCAACACUCCAGUGACAUUCCGGAAUGAAAUCGCCUUUUACAAAGACAUAGUGCCAACGUUGCGAAACUUUCAACAGGAACAAGGAAUGCCAACUUUAAUUGACUUUUUCCCUAAAUAUUUAGGGAGUCGAUUAAAUCGAAACAAUUCGGAUACAGUCGAUUCAGAUGCCAUUUUGUUGCUUGAAAAUCUCAAAAUGGCGGGUUUUGUCAACUUGGACCGUACGAUAGGGUUUGACCUUGAUGUUUCAAAGGUCAUAGUUAAGGAUUUAGCUCAUUUGCAUGCCGUUCCACUCGGUCUCAAAAUCAAGAAACCGGAAAUUUUUGAGAAAAAUAUCAAGAAACAUCUCACGCCGUUUAAUCCGCCUGAUGAUGACGGUCAAACGGAGGAAAAAAUGUGCGAUUUAAUUCGUGCGCUCAAUUCGCCAUACUACGAAAGGGCCAAAACGAUCCUUGCGAAACCCCGAGUUUGGGCCACAACACCACAAGAACCCUUUGCGACUUUAAUCCACAACGAUUAUUGGGUCAAUAACACCAUGGUUAAAAUUGAGCCGGGGAAACCCACGAAAAACAAGAUGGUGGAUUUCCAAGUUUACGGCUAUGGUUCACCCGCCAAAGAUUUGAUAUUUUUCUUAUUCUCAAGUGUUCAAAAUGACAUAAUUAAGAACGAGUGUGAUAAUUUAAUAAAAUUGUACCAUGACACUUUUAUCGAUGUUUUGAAACAGUUAAAAUGUGACACGAAACCGUUUAGUUUUGAAAAUUUUGAGAAAGAGCUUAAGUUGGAAGCUGCAAAUUCGCAAUUUGGUCAUAUUGUUUUCAUGUGUACUCCAAUUUUUGCUCCAAAAGGUAGUGUAAAAGAAUUGAACGAGUUCUCACCAGAUACGUUUAUCAAAAUGAUGGAUACAUUUUGUUCGGAUUUGCAUAAAAAGAAGCUGGAGUUGAUUGUGACAGAAUUUGCAAAACGAAACUGGAUUUAAUUUUUAAAAAUUGUAAAAAUUGUCUAAAUAAAAUUGAUAAAACUUUUAAAAUUAUA